GGGAAGACACCCCAGUGACCUGGCCAAGAAAUCUGAGCCAUGCGCUGGCUUUUCUGCUGCAGCUCGCAUGACGGCAGCGGUGGAAACUGAGAAGUAUUCCGGAUUGAAGAUCACAGGGCGCACCAUCUCUGCCCGGCGCUGGGAUGAGCUGAUGGCCGGAAAGAGGUAUGUCAGCUUCAGCGCAUUGGGCACCAGCGAACAGAACAGAAGCUGUGUUUGCGUGGGGGUCCUUUACGAUCGGGGCGCCGCCAAGACCUCCAGCACAGGUGGUCGCUUCGUGCACUGGUCCUUCACGGAUUUCGCUGCGGGAAAGCCCUGUGUGAUGAGGUUGAUGCUGUGCGGUGAAGCCUUUCAAGCUUGGGAGGACUUGGCCAACACGGUGCACUACGGUGCACUGGUGGCCAUGCUGAACCCCGCGCCGAUGGCGCCGACUGAGCGAUGCAGAGCCGGAGCGGGUGGCAGCUGGGUCGCGGCCAAGGUGACGCAUUCGACGCAGCUCGUGUUGCUGGGCCAAUUCCCGUCCUUGGGCUACUGCUCCUCCCGCAAGAAGGAUGGCCAGCCUUGUUCGAUGCCUUGUGACAAAGAGAAGACGGGCGGGAAAUUGGUGUGUUUCUACCACACCAUGCACCAGGAAGCACAGAAAGUGCGCAUUUUGGCCGGACUGAACAAGUCGCCCUCAGGAGCGACGGAUUCGUCGGUCACGUCGGGCCUAGUGAUCCCGAACCAGAGAGGUGCCACGAUGAGCCAUCGCGCCACGAUCGGUGAUCGUGCUGACCCCGCAAUGGUCCGGCUGCUUGGGGCACUGCCAAGGCCGCCAACACGCGAGGGAAAGACCACUGGCACAUUCAAGGCGAACUCUGCAGGCGCACCGAGCGCAACAAAACCCACGGCCAGACCUGCGGGCUCCCCAGUCCUUGCCCCUCCGACCAUUCGGGGCGGCAGAGAAGACGACACUCCAGCUGUGCUGCCCGAAGGGGCUCAGCAAGCUCAGCAGGUCCUUUCAGCGGCAGAGAAGAAGAUACUUGCCAUGUUUCCAGAGGGUUUGCCGAUGGUGGACCCCAACAGGCCUAUGGAGUCACGACUUCACCUGGAGGCGCUGAAGGCUUCACACGUUGGAGCUCGGCCUCCGGCCACGGUGCACCACACUCCGACCCCGCUGGCGAAAGCUGAGAGCACCUCGCGUGGUGCCGCGCCGCGGCAGAAGCGGAGAGGGACGACCAGCGACACUGGUGAUGGUCUUCCCAAGACCAAGACCACGAGCGGGGCAAGUUUCCAGAAGCUGGAGAGUGCAUUGGGGCGCAAGGCGGCCACCUUCCUCUCCGCGGGCAGCGACCCACGGAAGGACCUGGUGCGGCAGCAGAGCUCGCGCUUCCAAAGCGCAGUGGAGGAGGAACGCGCAGCGAAGCGGAUGCGACGGCUGUGCGAACUGGAGCAACUGGACUUUGCACAGGAGCAGAUGGAGGAGUUAAAGAGCAUGAAGGUGAAAGCGUUCCGCUGCAAGAGCUGCUACAUCACCUUCGACCAAGGCUCCCGGCAGCGUCUGUGGUGCCAGGAACAAGGUCACGAGUUGAUCUCCGUGGAGGCCACCAAGACCCGUUGGGAGUGCCGCAGCUGCCGGGCCAGCGAGGAGGUCUUGGGCCGGCAGCUCCCCAAAGGUUGCGCACGCUGUGGCGCAGAUACCUGGAAGCAGGUGUCGUUGCGGAAGUUGCGCCGGCGCGCACCCAUGGAGCGAGAGCUGUUGCUGCCGCGAGGGGAGGAGCUUCCGUUCCUGAACUCCAUCCACAUCCCAGAGUUGCAGGGAGCACGGGCCUGGAAGCCCUCGAAAGAGGCCGCAGAUGAUUACGAGGGUCUAUGACUGGCCGCUCAUGGAAAAUGUGGGACUGCUGGUUGAGCCUCCACUAGCAGGUGGCGCAUGUAGUUGCAGUAAGACUACCUGGUUAAAGGGUAGAGAAGGUUGCGGCCUCUUGCCAGAAUUUGCACUGGAAGGAAAGAGCUGAGAGAGGUGAACGAGCAGGAGGUGCUACCUUUGAUCAAAAGCAUGAAGGUGGCAGAACUGUCCUUCCAGAAUUUGGAGCCCAGCAAGACUCCGGGGGAGGGCGAGCUUUGCUGGGAAGCACAGCCAGAGUGGCUGAAAGAAAAGGUGUGCGUUUCGGUGGCUGAGGUGGAGUCAGUGCGCGGGUUAAAUCCAGUCCUUCCUACCUUGUGAAACACUUGGCCAAGUUGUCAAUGGGUAGAUCACACUUGUGUUAUUAUUGGAAUGGAUUGAUCGAGCUUGGAAUUGCAACACAUUGGCCACGUGAUACAAAUCAGAUGCAGAAGGUCCUAAAUGUGCAGUGUUGCAUUACUUGCAUUUUUUAUCUAUGAGUAACAUUCAACAGCGGCCUGUGAGAAAUCAUGAUCGGACCAUGUAAACCCACAAUUUGUGCACAACCAACGGCGAUAUCUGAACAGGUCCACCGAUCAAGUGAUUAAACUUGCUUUGCCGCAAUCCUUUUUCAUAUGGCAGUACCCAAAGUUUAUCAGAAUGUUGUCUAGGUGACGGAGCCCUCUCUCUCUCUCUCUCUCAACCCAUAUCCAGCUGUAGUUCACUUCCGUUGUGCUUUCAAGAGAAAGAUGAAUCGGGACAUUGCAAAGCAGUAUAGGGAACUACCAAAGUUAUACCCGGAAAACUUGUGCUGUACACAGAGGUUUUGGCAUGCGCUCAUAUUAGACCAAUUAGGUGUCAAUGUCAACAUUUCUCGCAACCCCAUUUGCUUGGCGCAAUCCAAUUACUUGAAGAAACCUAAUGCACUGUAAGUCAAAAAUCCCCGUGCAAACAACUGCGCAAGCCCUCAAUGCCUUUCCACCAUGUUAAAGUACUUUCGCUUUCCACCACUUCCCGCAGCAUGUCCAGCACCUCAGGCUCGAGGUGCGACAUUACCUGGAGGAUUGGGAGCGGCGGUUGCGCAAGAGAUGACCAGACUCAGGAAAGCGGGGCAUCGCCGUGGAGGCCCACUGAAUGACAUGGCUAGCAUGGCUCCAGCCAGUUUCAAGCAAGGCUUUUUCAAAACCAAGUCUAAUAACCUAGGCAUGUGCAAAUUGGACAUGGAAAAAGGACUUAUUUUUUCAAUUCCAAGUUUAACAGUGUUUCUGUAAGAUUCUGAAUCUGUGGUUUAUUGGGCGUUGUUUACACAUGUUCGCCGUGUGACUUGGGACUGAUGACAGGAGUCAAAGGUCAAGUGUUUCAGUAGAAUCGGCGUUGAUGCUGCGGAAAGACUUGGGACAGAUGAUAUAGACCUCAAAAGCAGGAAGAAUAAGACAAC